UACCAAUCAGGUAAUUAGAGGUGCAACACUGCAAGAACCUCAUCCCAGCCAAUUAGGUGAGCUAUAAACCAAACAGGGACGAAGCGGCUCAGGUUCCAUGGCUCCAGGAUGGAGGGCUUCCUGUCCACCUGCCCGCCCUACAAUGUGUGCAGCAACCUGGUGUGCCCCCCUCCUCCACCAUUGGGCCGAAGAGGUGUCUGGGCCAAGGGAGAGGCCCGCUUCGUGACCCCGCACAGCCUCAACUACCUGGAGCUGUGCAAGGCCCUUCUGGCCCAGGUCAGCACCCCCUCGCCAGCCCCUCUCGGCAGGAGAACCAGUACCAGGGAGUGCGGCGUGCAGGUCAACGCCAAAGUGGACAAAAUUGUGCAGUGCUCGCUGGGCCCUAAGACGCUGUUCUGCUGCCUGGGUGAGCAUGACCAGACGGGGCUGGCAAAGUACCAAGAUGUGCUCCGGGAGGAGGGGAAGGCACCAUGCACACCGCCGGCACAGGUGAGCAACCUACGCUUCACCAGGCCUGUGUCCAUCUACUCCCCGGUGUUCGAGCACAGGUUGCCUGCAAAGCACAGCGAUGAGGGGGAGCAGGAACACUACGACGACGAUGAGGAUGACGAGGAGGGGCGUCAGGACACUGAGGAGGAUCACAAGGCUGCUGUCCAUGGAUCCUACAGGGGCCCCAACUUUCAGUUCCUGGAGCAGAGGUAUGGCUUCUUCCACUGCAAGAAGUGUAACAUCCGGUGGGAGAGUGCUUAUGUUUGGUGCAUCUCAGGAACCAAUAAGGUGUACUACAAGCAGCUCUGCCGGAAGUGUCAGGUGGGCUUCAACCCCUACAGAGUGGAGUCCAUCAUCUGCAAGGGCUGCUCUCAGACGUGCUGCAGCUGUGACAAGAAGCAGAGACAUAUCAACAUGCGGAGGCCUCACCGCCAGGACCUGUGCUGCCGCUGCAGAGGCAUGAAGCUCUCCUGUGACGUCACCUACAGCUUCAAGUACAUCGUCUGAAUGUGCUUAAAGGGCCACCAUCCACGUGCCAGAGACUUCCCUGCAUCAAUCCUGGUGCUUAAAUAGAAAGCUAUUUUUGUAGGAAAUAAAGUUUGUGAAAUAAACAUAACUGCAUCUCAAAUGUG